CUCCGUUUCCCCCUCCUCUCACCCUCCCCCUCCGACAGAGCGGUGACUUAAGCAACGGAGCGCGGUGAAGCCCAUUUUUCUCCUUCCUCGCAGCCGCGCCGGGCAGCCCGCGGCGCGCGGCCCCUACACUCCGGCCCGAGAUGAAUGCUGCGGCAGAAGCCGAGUUCAACAUCCUCCUGGCCACCGACUCGUACAAGGUUACUCACUAUAAACAGUACCCACCCAACACAAGCAAAGUUUAUUCCUACUUUGAAUGCCGUGAAAAGAAGACAGAAAACUCCAAAAUAAGGAAGGUGAAAUAUGAGGAAACAGUAUUUUAUGGUUUGCAGUACAUUCUUAAUAAGUACUUAAAAGGUAAAGUAGUGACCAAAGAGAAGAUCCAGGAAGCCAAAGAGGUGUACAAAGAGCAUUUCCAAGACGAUGUCUUUAACGAAAAGGGAUGGAACUACAUUCUUGAGAAAUAUGAUGGGCAUCUUCCAAUAGAAGUAAAGGCUGUUCCUGAGGGCUCUGUCAUUCCCAGAGGAAAUGUUCUCUUCACAGUGGAAAACACAGAUCCAGAGUGUUACUGGCUUACAAAUUGGAUUGAGACUAUUCUUGUUCAGUCCUGGUAUCCAAUCACAGUGGCCACAAAUUCUAGAGAGCAGAAGAAAAUAUUGGCCAAAUAUUUGUUAGAAACGUCUGGUAACUUAGAUGGUCUGGAGUACAAGUUACAUGAUUUUGGCUACAGAGGAGUCUCUUCCCAAGAGACUGCUGGCAUAGGAGCAUCUGCUCAUUUGGUUAACUUCAAAGGAACAGAUACAGUAGCAGGAAUUGCUUUAAUUAAAAAAUACUAUGGAACGAAAGAUCCUGUUCCAGGCUAUUCUGUUCCAGCGGCAGAACACAGUACCAUAACAGCUUGGGGGAAGGACCAUGAAAAAGAUGCUUUUGAACAUAUAGUAACACAGUUUUCAUCAGUGCCUGUAUCUGUGGUCAGCGAUAGCUAUGACAUUUAUAAUGCGUGUGAGAAAAUCUGGGGUGAAGAUCUAAGACAUUUAAUAGUAUCAAGAAGUACAGAGGCACCACUCAUAAUCAGACCUGAUUCUGGAAAUCCUCUUGACACUGUAUUAAAGGUUUUGGAUAUUUUAGGUAAGAAGUUCCCUGUUACUGAGAACUCAGAGGGCUACAAGUUGCUGCCACCUUAUCUUAGAGUUAUUCAAGGGGAUGGAGUAGAUAUUAAUACCUUACAAGAGAUUGUGGAAGGCAUGAAGCAAAAAAAAUGGAGUAUAGAAAAUGUUUCCUUCGGUUCUGGUGGAGCUUUGCUACAGAAGUUAACAAGAGAUCUCCUGAAUUGUUCCUUUAAAUGUAGUUAUGUUGUAACCAAUGGCCUUGGGAUUAAUGUCUUCAAGGACCCGGUUGCUGAUCCCAACAAAAGGUCCAAAAAGGGCCGAUUAUCUUUGCAUAGGACACCAGCAGGGAAUUUUGUUACACUUGAGGAAGGAAAAGGAGACCUUGAAGAAUAUGGUCAGGAUCUUCUCCAUACUGUCUUCAAGAAUGGGAAGGUGACAAAAAGCUAUUCUUUUGAUGAAGUAAGAAAAAAUGCACAGCUGAAUAUCGAACUGGAAGCAACACCUCAUUAGGCUUUGUUUUAUGACUGGGUAUGUGUGCGCGUGCCUGCGUGUGCGUGUGUGUGUGUUUACGUGCAUGCACACACGUAUACACCUGCGUGUGUGAGUAUGUAAUACAUAAUGUUUAUUGUACAGAUGUGUAGGGUUUCUUUGUGUUUUAUGAUACAUUACAGCCACAUUAUUUGUUGGUUUAUGGACAUACUGCCCUUUACAUUUUUUCUUUUUUCCAGUGCUUAGGUGAUCUCAAAUUAGGAAAUGCUCUUAACCAUGUAAAAGAUAAUUGCUAAAGUAAGCUUUUUAGGGCCCUUUGCCAAUAGAUAGUAAUUCAAUCUGGUAUUGAUCUUUUCACAAACAGAACCAAGAAACUUUUAUAUAUAACUGAAGAUCACAUAAAACAGAUUUGCAUAAAAUUAUCAUGAUUACUUUAUGUUUAUAUUUAACUUGUAUUUUUGUACAAACAAGAUUGUGUAAGAUAUAUUUAAAGUUUCAGUGAUUUAACAGCCUUUCCAACUUUUCAUGAUUUUUAUGAGCACAGACUUUCAAGAAAAUACUUGAAAAUAAAUUACAUUGCCUUUUGUCCAUUAAUCAGCAAAUAAAACAUGGCCUUAACAAAGUUGUUUGUGUUAUUAUACAAUUUGAAAAUUAUGUCAGGAUAUACCCAGUAGAAUUACUAAACCUCACUGCCCCUUGUAGAAUAUGUAUUAAUCAUUCUACAUUAAAGAAAAUAAUGGUUCUUACUGGAAUGUCUAGGCACUGUACAGUGAUUAUACACGUUGGUCAUUGUAUUGUACCAGUGAAAUGCCAAAUUUGAAAGGCCUGUACUGCAAUUUUAUAUGUCAGAUAUUGCCUGUGGCUCUAAUAUGCACCUCAAGAUUUUAAGGAGAUUUUUAGAGAGAAUUUCUGCUUACACUCUAGAAUAUAUACAUAAAUGUAAAAUAUUGACAGAAAU